UGAUCUAGGAAACCUGCUCCUCUAUUCUCCCACUGCUUGUUUAUCCGUCCUAAAAUUUUCUGCGCUACAGUUAUAUUUUGUUCUUGCACUUGAAAUGAUAGAGACGGAUAUGUCGGGGGAACGAGAUGAAUAAGGGCAAGCCCUUGCGAGCCAGCUCGACGCCUACCGCGAGCCGAGGCACUUCCCCGCACCACCGUAGCAAGCGACCACGUCAGCAGGAAUCAGAUUCCACGUCAGCGAGGCGGUAUGUGGUGGCGGUGCACGUGGGAGCUGGUUACCACUCCAAGCGUUACGAGCAGCGGUAUCUGCGCGCCAUGCGCGACGCUCUCGCAGCCGCGGAGCGGGUGUUGCGCGGAGCUGGCGGAAGAUUGGCGGAAGGGCAGGGAGCGGAGUGCGGGGGGGAUGAAGGAGGAAGGAGACCGGAUCUAGGCGAUCGCGCAACGGCGGGUUCUUGUUCAAACUGCUGUUGUUCGUCCACGUGUACAGCUGUAGAUGCUGUUGUGGCAGCCGUUAAAUGCUUAGAGAGUCACAGCAUCACCAAUGCUGCCCGGGGAUCCAAUCUGACUGAAAAGGGGGAGGUGGAGUGCGAUGCAAGCAUUUUGGGCAGCAUUCCGUGCAGCACAGCAAAGCUGUUUGGCGCCGUAGCAGCGGCACCAGGCUUGAGUAGCCCAGUGUCAGUGGCAGCAGCGUUGGCGGGGCUCCGACACAAGGGGCCUCUCCCGUUUGGCCGAAUCCCACCCAUGAUGUUGGCGGGAGAGGGAGCACUCAUGUGGGCUCAGAAGCAUGCUCCAGAUGCUGUUGCACGGUGCCCACAGGAUCUAGUGACGGCAGCAGCAGCAGCACAGUGGCGCAAGUACAGGCGACUGGUGGGAGCCCUGGAGCAGCUGCAGGGGGGAGGGGGGGGCGUUGGAAAGGGGGCAGAGUGGCGGGAUGAGCAGGGCGGCAGGGGCAUGCGGGAGGAAGCUAGAGAGAGGGAAGGGAAACCAGGUCUGGGGGGAUUGGAGGGGGAGCAGAGGGAGGGCUAUGGAGGGGAGGUUGAUUGGUGUGGGGCGAAGGGGGAGGAAGUGCACUGGCAGCAGGAAGGUGGAGAGGGCAAAGGAAAGGCAAGGGCAGAGGGAGAGGAGGAGGGUGUGGGAGAGGAUGUGGGAGAGGGUGGGGGAGAGGGUGCGGGAGAGGAUGUGGGAGAGGGUGGGGGAGAGGGUGGGGGAGAGGCAGAGGAGGAGGGAGAGGAAAGUGAAGAGGAGGAGGAAGGCGUGUGGGACACGGUGGGAGCAGUGUGCUUUGAGGUGUCAAGUGGUGCAGCAGCAGCAGCCUCCAGCGGGGGGAUUGCUUUCAAGUCCCCUGGCAGGGUGGGCUGUGCAGCAGUGCAUGGCGCGGCCUGCUGGGCCGAUGCGUCCCACUGGCAGGCCCCCUCAGAGCAGCAGCAGACGUGCCUGCAGAUGCCGCAAGGCCAGGUCAGUGGCCCCCUUGGGGAGGCUCAACCGGUGCAGGGCCAGGGCGAGCACCAGAGGCCUGCUGUGGCUGCCAGUGUGUCUGGAGCCGGCGAGCCAAUCGUGGAGUGCCAGCUGGCGAGGCGUGCGUGCGAGGAGGCCAUGGGGGGUGGGGCGUCGGAUGCUGCAGCAUGGGCUCUUGGAAGGUUCAACGCGCAUGUGGCUGUUGCAGCGGAUGCAGCUGCACCGGCAGCAGCAGCAGCAGCAGCAUCAGCAUCAGCAUCAGCAUCAGCAUCAGCAUCAGCAUCAGCAGCAGCAUCAGCAUCAGCAGCAGCAUUAGCAUCAGCAGCAGCAGCAGCAGCAGCAGCAGGAUACUCAUCACAGAACAACCAUGUGAUUCCAUCCAAGGCAAAUGGGGAAGCAGCCGAGCAAUUUGGUUCAGGGGCACAGAAGGUGCGCGAGGCAGUGGGGAGGAGGCAGUGGCCCGUGGCAUCUGACGUUGGGCUGCUGCUGCUUUCUGCGCACCCGCAGCAAAAGAGUGGUGAAGUAGCAGUUGAGCUGGUAGCAUCCCUCCAGGCUCGCUCUUUUGGAUUCGGCGUGACCUCCUCUUCCGCGGACUCCCGGUUACAUGUCCAAAUAAUGCGAGUGACUGGCACGUCUAGUCCGAAGAACGAUUGUACAUUUAUGUCACUUUUCCGAAUAUAAGCAAUUGUGCAUUUACCUUCGCCGCGUCCGUAGGAGUCUCUUUGGGUGAUAUGAAGGGCGCCCUUGAAUGCUCGUCUCAUGCGGAAUGACGUUGGGCUUAAAUUUCAUGGGUAACUACCCGGAUUUCGGCGUAAUAAUGGGUGAUUUUUCUACCGAUUCCGGAUUCUGACAUGUUAGUUUUCCAUGAAGCCGGAUUCUGACGGGUUUAGGUUUAGCCGCACCUGUGAAGUGACGUGUUUGUCUUGCGAAGUAUCAGAAUUGAAGUGAUAA